AUGAGAAAAAGCGCCGUCUGCGUCAUUAGACCACAUUCAAGAAAUUGCGAAAUGCCUGUUGUGAACUCUUUAAGUCCAACACUCUUACCUAACUCAACUAUUAAAUCAUUGAAGGAAGAAGACAUCUUCGAUAAACUCGAAGAUCUCAAUACACUGCGCGAGAUGAGAAGAACUAAAAGUGCAAGUCGGUCGCAAGUACUAGUUGAACCUCUCACUUUCAUCUCAGAAGAAGACAGAUAUGAGACUAUGCUCCUUUUCUAUGAAGACCAACAACUCAAACAAACUUCAAAGCCAGCAAAUGCUCGACUCAACACGCAUGAAUUGUAA